AGUACGGUCGCGGGCAGACGUACCGGUCGUCUAACGAUGCUUUAAGCACGCGGCAAUACGCUCGCCAACCGUAGUUGAUACUAGUGUACAAAAAAAAUAAACAAUUCAUAAAUAAACAUUAUUUCUUUUUUGUGAACGAAACAGUGAAUGAACACCGUGACCUCUUAACGAAAGAUAUUUUGACGAACACACUCCGGAAUCGAGGUCCAAGUAACUAGAAAAUGAGCAAUGUUGGCGUCACAUGAAGAAAAUGAACCUCUUGUAUUCAGAAACGAUCAAUCAAUUCCGAGUUCAAUGAACUUUGUAUUUUUUUGCAAUGCAAAAAUCAGUGAAGUGACUCAACGUUGAAGCUUUUUAACGAGUGUGUAUACGUUAUGACUGUGAUCUUGUGUAAAUACUGUGUCACCAACAUGCUAUUUCAACGGACAUUCGUUUUCUACGUUUUUGUUAUAACAUUUUCAGUAUGUUUAAGAAACUCACAAAUGAACGCACAAUCGACAAGCACCGAAAUCGGACGACCGAUAUCGAGAACGACAGAUUUAUUACGAACGAACACGACGCUCUACGCGUGGAGUUCCUGGGGCAGGUGGAGUCCUUGCUCGAGGAGCUGCGGCGGAGGAGUUGCUGUACAAGAACGUCAUUGCCUGCCUAGAAUUCCUUCGAGAACGCGUCGCAGUCGAAAAAGAAGGAAGCUAACGAGAAACUUCGAGCACAAAAGACGGUCUCGGCAUUUGAUCCACGGCCCUGCCACAGAGCCGGAUUGUCCAGGCCUCGCGCGGAGGUACCACGAGUGCAAUACUGCGCCAUGCUCGGGACCACAACGAGACGUUCGAGCCGAGCAAUGCGCUGUCUACGAUCGCAGACCGUUCCGAGGUCGAUUCUAUACUUGGGUGCCAUAUGUCGAUGGAGACGCGCCAUGUACCUUGAAUUGUAGACCUCGUGGCCAGCAGUUCUACGCUUCUCUCGCUCUAGUUGCUGACGGCACCCCGUGUACUAAGCCAGGCUUUAGAGCAAUAUGUGUACAGGGAACAUGCAAGGUAGUUGGCCGCGAAGGUGUUCUAGCCUCGUCUUCUGAGAGAGAACUAAGAUGUGGAAGUCGUCUUGUGUCAGGACUAUUCUCGAAGCCACGACUUCCGCUCGGAUACUCUUACGUAACGACAGUGCCUCGUGGAGCUUGCCGACUCAAUGUAACUGAAGUAGUUCCUAGCGAAAACUACAUUGCAUUGAAAGAAUCCAAUGGCACGUACAUUAUAAAUGGGGAAUUUGCUGUGAGUGCGCCUGGAACUUACGAUGCUGCUGGAGCCCGAUUUUUAUACACCCGAACGGCCAGUCUUGACGGCAUUUUUGCUGUGGGUCCGAUACAUAAACCCAUUGACAUAAUGAUAUUAUACACACAACCAAACCCGAAUAUUAGGUACGAAUAUUUAACUGACACGGAAGAUGAAACCAGUAACGACAUUCCGACUUCAAUGCCUCCCGCCCAUCACCAGAUGCAGAGGCAUCACCGUCACCACCCACCACCCCAUAGCUUGCCCAGAACAGAUUCUUCUAUAUCGAAGGAAUCAAAUUUCUAUAGCCUUGAAAGCCAAUCACAAGCGGAAAGUAACGUGAUCGGAGAUAGGAAAUUUAUGUGGAAAAUUAUGUCUUUCACCCCGUGCUCUCGUACCUGUGGCGGAGGACUACAAAUCGGAAAGUUCAAGUGUGUAGAAGUUGGUUUAAAAGAAGACAAAGAGGUAUCUCCAGUGCAUUGUACUGGUGCGGCACCACCUUCCCGCCGACGGAGGUGUUCUGGGGCUCCAUGUCCUCCCCGUUGGAGGGCUGCAGCGUGGGGUCCUUGUCCGGUCUGCGGACCAGCCCACAGAACUCGAAUUGUGGGAUGUGUUCAGGAUCAUGCUCGAGGAAUUAUCAAGAUAAGCGAUCAAAAGUGCCCAUUGCCAAUGCCACCAAGCAGUGAGCGCUGUAAUGUUCCAAACUGCGAUGGCUCAGUAACUACCACAGCUUUGCCACGUCUCGAUUCACGACGCCAAGUACGACCAAAAGAUCGAACGGAUCAUUUCCGAGAAGGCCCUGUUAUAACUCUUGCAACAAAUUUAACAGACAAUGAGAUAACUUCCACUCCGCCCCCUUCGUAUAGUUUCAGUGCUGGUGGAGGCUGGUUAUAUACGGAAUGGUCCGAGUGUGUUGGUUGGUGUGUGGGCGGCGGUGUACAAUCUAGAGGAGUAAGAUGCGCCGAUCCUUCUGGAUGUUCAUCGCACCGUGCACCAUUGCCUACCCAAACUUGUAGCGUGCGAAGCCAAUGCGAUUCUCAAUGGUUCACAAGCGAAUGGUCAAAGUGCUCCGCUGGAUGCGGUGGCCGACAGGUUCGAGGCGUGAUAUGUAUUGGAGGGAACGGCAGGAGAUUAAGAGAUUCGGCAUGUAGAGGAACCAAACCUGAAACUGAAAGGGACUGUGGUGGGGACUGCUCUCCCUCUUGGUACUUGAGUGACUGGAGCGAGUGCAAAGGUCCCUGUGAAGCUGGAGUCCAGUCCCGAACUGUCUGGUGUGCCCGUGGCGGAAUCGAAGGAGCAAACGGUGCCGCUCGAGACGGAGAAUGUCCAGGAGUGAGGCCUCCAGCAAAGAAAAUGUGUGUACCAGCACGAUGUACCAGCAAACCAGUUAUCAAUCCAAACGUUAUCAGUCCUCCAGCAGUUUCAGAUCCUCAGCAGCGCGUCACGAGACAUCAAAUCAAUACCCCUCCACAUAUCAGGGAUAGGUCAUAUGCUGACGGAGCAUGUGUAGACAAAUUGAAUACAUGUGCAUUAGCGGUACAGGCACGUCUGUGUCACUACCCUUACUACGCAGACAAUUGUUGCGACUCUUGCCAUGGACGGUAGAAAGGUCAUGCGGAAAACUCGUGAGAACUGCUAAAGGCGCUAUGAUACGUAUUUCGAUACAAAACGGACGCAUAGUGAGACGUAACAUAAAUACAUAAUUAUGUAAAAGCGAUACAAUUACAUAAAUUUAUAAUUCUUACAAACACUGCAUGUAGCUUCAGCACGAAAUAAAUAACAUUGACACGUAACACAGUCCCAAUGUAUACGCGUUUAUCAGACAAUUGUGUACGUGUUUAUUUGCCAAAAUAACUCAUAUGUGUGAUCACAAUCCUUCGAUUUAUAAAGAAGAUUUCAUACUAUUUAAAAAAUUGCUAAUAUGUUCAGGAACGUAUCGACUUCAAUGCGUGUAUUUUUAUAUAAAUUCUUGUCUUUUAAGUAUUAGAUGUAGUACCGUGAUCUCCGGUUUAGUUGUGUUUGGAGCUGAUCUGUGGAAUGUAGAAUAGUCGGAACUUACCUGAAGUUGACAAAAAAAAAACAAUGUUUUCAUGAUUAUGACAACUUAUGUUUAGAUUAACAACAUUCUAACUACAUUGUAUGUUGUAAUCGUUCGUAAUUAAAAAUUAGGCUACGCAUUUAGUUCUAGAACAAAAUAGUAUUUUAUUGAAUGUAUGAGAAAUUAUAAUAUUCUUUUUUCGAGUUUUCUAUUUUAGUUUUAGUAAUAUUAGAUAUUUCCUUCGUAAUUUAUUUUGGCGAUCCCAACACGGAUCCUUUCUGUAUUAUUAACUUUUGAAAUAUGUAAAUAGUUAUUUUUUUUUCAUGUAUAGUGCAUUUACGUACCGGCUGUUUAAUAUUUAAAUGAGUAUUUAAGUGAAAUAUCAUCACAAUAUGUAACUUAUUAAUAUCGGUUUGGGUAAUCAAACCCUUUUAAAUUAUCAUUAAAGAAACAUUACUAAUUAUGCAUAUAACAAUGUACAAAAAUAAAAUAAAAGCUUUAAACACUAUA